UUUUUUUGUCAAAAGUCCAAAAUAAUGGCUACUUCUACUCUUGAAGAAGCUUACAAAGAAAACCCUCUAAGCCUUCAACACAUUCUUCCUAUAGAUUUUCAAUCAAUCCAAGAAGUCCCAAACUCUCAUUUAUGGCCUAAAAUCAAUAAUGUACUAACUAGUCAUAAUGACAAAAACCCCAACGUCCCAAUAAUUGAUCUUUUAGCCCCUAAUGUUGUGGAACUUAUGGGCCAUGCAUGCAAAACAUGGGGAAUAUUUCAAGUUGUUAAUCAUGGAGUUUCUUUAGAACUUUUUGAUGAAGUUGAAUAUCAGGCAAGACGAUUUUUUGCUUUGCCUGCUGAACAAAAGGUGAAGGUCAUGAGAUCAACUAGUGGCGCCACCGGCUAUGGCACAGCUCGAAUUACGCCGUUUUUCUCGAAGUUCAUGUGGCAUGAAGGGUUCACAAUUAUGGAUUCACCACUUGAUCAUGCUAAGAAACUUUGGCCACAUGACUAUCAUAAAUUUUGUGAUGUGAUGGAAAACUAUCAAAAGAAGAUGAAAGUUCUAUCCUUUCAACUCUGCCUGUUCAUCCUCAACUAUUUACAACCAUCUCAAGAUCAACAUUCAAUUAAUUCAUUUGAAUUUGCAGGAGCCCUACAAUUAAAUUCAUAUCCAUGUUGUCCUAACCCUAACCAUGCACUAGGGUUAGCUCCUCACACAGAUUCAUUAUUCCUAACAAUACUCCAUCAAACAAAUAAUACAAAGGGUCUUCAAAUCUUGAAAAAAGACCAAGGAUGGACUUCAAUUGCUCCGGUUUCCAACGAUGCACUCAUCGUUAACGUAGGUGAUCUUCUUCAUAUACUCUCUAAUGGUGAAUUCCCAUCGGUUUAUCAUCGAGUUCUUGUGGAUCAAACUAAGCAUAGGGUUUCUUUGGCUUAUUUUUUUGGACCUCAAGUUGACUCUAUGAUUUCUCCAUUAGUUUCUUCUAAGGAUAAUGAUGGUGUUGUACUAAAAUAUAGAAAUGUGAAAGUGAAAGAGUAUCUUGGUCUCAAGGCUAAACAUCUUGAGAAGGUGUUCUCUAUGAUUAGAUUUUAAUUAUGUUAUAGUAUUUUAGUACGUAGCUGAGUUGAUUGACUACAUAAACUUUUAUUUUAUCGGCGAGGAUUUGAUUUCCAUCUUGUAAUCUGCUCACCAUCCUUUCCCCUCUCCCUACCCCUACCCCUACCCUUACCCCAAUUUGAUAAAAUAAUAUAUGACGUUUUUCUAGUGUUCAUA